GUAAUCGACGUUGACCUCGGUGACCUGUCCAAAUACAUUGAGAACAACAGGGAGUGUGUCUUGGCUUCGGUUGCGUGGUUUUCUCUCCCCCUUGAAGUAGUUCUUUUCUCCUCUUGCGUACAAGUCAAAAUGUAACAAAUCCCUGUAUAGGCGAUGGAUCGUUUGCAGCAGCUGAGAACGUACGCGGCGACCUGCGUCGGCUCCCAAGCGCCACCUCCGUUAACCUCAUACACCUUGACCCCCGUAUCAAGCAGCAAAACUGCGGCUGCUGUUGUACACGACAACCACCUCCCCAGCAGAAAUAUAUUACAGCUGUUCUGCCGAGACGCCGAUGAUGUGCGGCGGGCCAUCGAUUCCAUUUACACGGCAAUGAGUGAGCUGGAGAGGCUGCCGGUGGAACGCUCGCUGGGCCACAGAGACCCCCACGCGGAGAAGUUCACCACCACUGCGAAGGAGCUGUCGCGGCAGACCAGCGAUACGGCGAAGGCGGCAAAGGACAAGCUCGACGCGAUGUCGAAGAACACCGCGAAGCUGAAGGAGACUCCGGACAGCAUCGCCGCCAAUAGCGCCAUCAUCCGCAUCGAGGAGAACCAGUACACGCACCUGGUGCUGAAGCUGACGGUGGCCAUGGCGGAGUAUCAGCGGCACCAGGCGGCGAACGAGGCGUUCUACAAGGCGCAGACGCAGCGGCAGAUCAAGAUCAAGUACACGAACCCGGACGGCAGCGCCAUCGAUGACGCGACGGCGGCGCAGCUAGCCGAGCAGGUGCUGGAGAACAACACGACGAGCUACAUCUUUCAGCAGAGCAAAGACGUUCUCGCCUCCAUCAUCGAGACGCGCAACGACAUUUACCGCAUUGAGCAGUCGAUGCGGGACCUGAACCAGCUCUUCAACGAUCUCGCCUUCUUAGUAAACGAGCAGGGUGAGCUGAUGGAUGUAAUAUUGGCAAACGUUCAACAAAGUACGCGCUACGUAGAGAAAGGUCGCGAGGAGCUGAAGAAAGCUCGAAAGUAUCAGAAGAAGAGUCGGAAGAAGUUGAUCUGUUUAAUCGUGUGUGUGUGCAUCGUCAUUGCACUGUUUGUUGUUGUUGGUGUGUUAGCCGGUACUCUUAAAGUGCAUUAG